UCGGCAACCACACACGAACAGAGGAGACGGGGCAACCCACCAUUGCCAGCUAUAGUAGUUUUCUUCGGGCCAUAGGCAAAGAAAAUCGCCAGGCCGCAGCGAGUGCGCGUCAACGCAAGGCAAGAUGCAAUCUGCCAAGGAGCUCGUCCUCCGCUGCCUAUGGCUCUGCACGGAGGCGGAAGCCGAGCCCGAUCACGCCCUCGCCGCCAGCGACGGCCUGCAGGCGUUCGCCCCCGCCGCCAGCGAGGGCCUGCAGGCGUUCGCCCUCGGCCUGAACAAGCGCCUCGCCGACGACGACGCCGGCAGGAGCGGCAACCUGGUCACGUCGCCGCUGUCCGUCUACGCGGCGCUGGCGCUGGUAGCCGCCGGCGCCCGCGAGGGCACCCUCGACGAGCUGCUCCGCGUCCUUGGCGCGCCUUCCCGGGACUUCCUCGCCGGCCACGUCCGCGCGCUGGCAGAGCAUGCCCUCGCCGACGGGUCCCGGACGGGCGGCCCGCGCGUCAGCUUCGCCUGCAGCGUGUGGCACGACGUGACGAUGCCCCUCCGCCCCGCCUACCGCGCCACCGCCGCCGAGUCGUACAAGGCCGUCGCCUGCGCCGUCAACUUCCUCCAAAAGCCGGAGGAGGCAAGGGAGCAGAUCAACGCAUGGGUGGCGGCUGCGACGAACGACCUCAUCCCCUCCAUCCUCAGCCCCGACGCGCUGUCCAGCCGCACCGUCCUGGUGCUCGCUAACGCCAUCUACUUCAAGGGCAUGUGGGCGAAGCCGUUCGACAAGGAGCUCACCAAGGACGACAAGUUCCACCGCCUCGACGGCACCGCCGUGGACGCGCCCUUCGUGCGCGGCUUGGGCUGGCACGACAUCGCCUGCCACGAUGGCUUCAAGGUGCUCCAGCUCCGCUACGUGCAAGGCCACUCCUCGCAGGGCCAGCCGCCGAUCUACUCGAUGUGUGUCUUCCUCCCCGACGCACGCGACGGGCUGUGGGAGCUCACCGACAAGAUCGCCUGCAACCCCGACUUUGUGCGCAAGCACCUGCCGUGUGGCGAUGUCAUGGUCAGCGAUUUCCGGCUGCCUAAAUUCAAGGUCAACUUUGGCAUGAAAAUGGAGGGCAUUCUCCAGGACAUGGGCCUCAACGAGGCGUUCGAGCCGGGGAAGGCCGACUUGUCCGACAUGGCGGAAGACGGCGCAAGGAAGCUGGCGCUGGAGAAAGUAAUCCACAGGGCCGUCAUCGAGGUGAACGAGGAAGGCACCGAGGCCGCGGCUGCCACCGUUGAGACUGUGACGUUAUGUUCUUGGAAAACUAGUGAUGCGCCGCAUGUGGACUUCGUGGCUGACCAUCCGUUUGGCUUCUUCGUCAUCGAGGAGGUGUCCGGUGCUACCCUGUUCGCGGGGCACGUCCUUGACCCCACGACCAACUGAUGGAGGGAGGAAACUGCAUUCAUGAUUGGAUUCUCAUUACAUCUGCUUUAUUACGUUUGCUACAUAAUUCUAUGUAUUCAUGUUAAAUGGUUACAUUCACUUCCGAUGACCGGGAAACUUUUGCUAUGUUUUAGUUGCGUUGCACAAAACAAAGAUUCAUACGACUCUGCCUUCAUUGGAACUAGAUGAUACCCCUGCUUGUUGCAUU